UGAGCGCAUAACAGAAACCGUUUCUUUCUCGCUCACUCACUGGGUCGUUAGCCAACUCAUAUAUGCCGGAACAAGCUUGAAACCCGAGAGACACCAUGCUGGUGGUUCCCUCGUAUCUCUCUUAUAAAUCAACUCCCUCACCAAGCAUUCCUUCCAGUCACAAUAACCAAAUAAUCCAAUGCUGUUCAAGUCAAAACUCAAGAUAUCACAGGGCAGAGAGUGGUGGUAUAUCACAUUAUGAAGAGAAUUUGAGUCGGAGACUUGUUCUAUUCCUUUCAGUCACAACUAGCUUGUUCCCAAAUUUAUCUUCGUCUGCAAAAACAAAGAGUAAAAGUCCAUUUGAUCAAAGACGGUUGCUGGAGCAAAACAAGCGCAUACAGAAAGAAAAUAAUGCCCCUGAAGAUUUUCCAAGUUUCAUUAGAGAAGGUUUUCAGGUUAAGGUAGUAACGCCAGAAAACUACACAACACGUGAGUCAGGACUUAUAUACAAAGAUUUUGCAGUUGGUGAGGGUGAUUGCCCACAGGCUGGUCAGCAGGUGAUGUUCCACUAUGUUGGCUACAAUGAGUCAGGCCGUCGCAUUGAUAGCAGCUACAAUCAAGGUUCUCCUGCCAGAAUACGCAUGGGAACAAAUGCAUUGGUCCCAGGAUUUGAAGAAGGAAUUCGUGAUAUGAAGCCUGGAGGGAAAAGAAGAAUAAUCAUUCCACCCGAACUUGGACCACCGGUUGGCCCUUCCACCUUUUUCAGCUCAAAACAGUUUGAAGUUUUUGAUGUGGAACUUCUAAGCAUUCAAAACUGUGUAAGAAGGACUAUAGCUGCUUUUUACUCUGAUUUUGUCUGCGAAUAAACGAUUGAGCUAGCCUCUGCCCAUCUGGGUAUCCAGAAACAUUUCCUCUUCGGGGAAUGUAUUAGUCGGAAGAGUUCUCUGCUGGCUCUUGGGUUCUUCAAGUGAUUGAAUUUUAGCUGGAGAAUCUGAUUGCUAUCUAGCCGGAAAAGAAAUAUUUGCUUUUCAUAUCAAUUCAGGAUAGUCCUUGUAUUUAUCAAGUGUACAAAUAUUGUACCCCCUAAAUGGUUUACCAAAGAUGUAAAGUCAUUGACUGGAGUUCAGCAUUUCAUUUUGCCCGUUUUGCCUGUCUAUACUCA